AAGAAUGCUACAGGAAGACGACGUCGUGUGCCUCGAGAAAACGAGCUGCCAUUUUUGUCAGCACUUCAUGCGAAGAACGACACAACAAACCUUUUUGGGUUAAACUUGGCGAGUCAACAGAAAACAUGCAACAAAGCCCUACUUUUCCUCUUAGGUAAGGAAACAAUUCAAACUUUGAACGGUUCCAUUUAAGCCAUUACGCUGUUGUUUGCGAAGUGAGAAACUUGUAUANUUCACCUCCUAGCGAGUGGAUAAUGUGUGAGCUCGGUGCUUUUCCCAUUUUUUUAGAGAAUGAUCUUUUAAAAGUGGACAAAAUCCUAGGGUUGACUUUUUUUAAAACAAGAAAAGACUUCAAAGGAUUGAAAAAGGCGUUUUUCCAUUUACUGUAGCUGAGUUUUGUGCUCGAUGGAUUGUUUACAACUCCCGUUUAUUCGUGUAGAAGAGGCCGUUUCGUGAACUCACCGUUUCCUAACAAGAGACAUUUGGCCCAAAAGUUGAAGUUUAUUUAUGACAAAUAAAUUUGAAAACAAAUGUUGGCAGAAAUUCUACGUUUCAAGUAUAUAGGAAUGAAAGAAUGCUACAGGAAGACGACGUCGUGUGCCUCGAGAAAACGAGCUGCCAUUUUUGUCAGCACUUCAUGCGAAGAACGACACAACAAACCUUUUUGGCUUAAACUUGGCGAGUCAACAGAAAACAUGCAACAAAGCCCUACUUUUCCUCUUAGGUAAGGAAACAAUUCAAACUUUGAACGGUUCCAUUUAAGCCAUUACGCUGUUGUUUGCGAAGUGAGAAACUUGUAUAUGCCAUAAAUCGUACUUUUUAAUGGUUUCCUCUCUGAUUUUGUUGAGAUCACUUCGUGUGUAUAUACUAAAAGGAUUAUUUUUUUCAAUCUCGGUGAAUAGUGGCUUAAGGAAUAUUUAUCUCGAUUUCAAAGAAUAAUUGUUAAUUAUUUAUGUUUCAUUUUUGCUACCAUUUUGACUUCAGAUGAUCCUUUAGGCAAAGAAGAAAAACGGCUUAAAUACAUGGGUCUGGAUAAAUAUGACUACAUUCAGAAUUAUUUAGAACAAGCCAGAGAACAAACUAAAGAUAUCGAUUCACACAGCGUAAUGACGGAGACAAGCGACAGUGGAUUGCUGGGAUCAAACAGUGCAUCAUCUGAAGUUGGAACCGAGGAGGCCGGCGGUAAGUAA